AUGCGUACUUCUAAUGGAAGGCCGGCUGAAGCAGAAGCUGCAGGGCGAACAUGGGUGUCGUUAGAAGGCGCGCGGCACGCGGCGGCCUGGAGCGGAAUCGACGCCUUCAACGGGUGCGGCUUCGACCUCGUCUGGGCUAGCGGCCGCACGUGGUCGCUGCUGUGCGACGAUCCCUUCAGCAGGAAGUCAUGGGUGGAUGCCCUCAACCUGGCCAUCAGAUCCACAGCAAACACAACGGGCGAUAUAGACGCCAUCGCUUCGGGGGCAGGUCAGCGAAACGUCCCGGCCAGAGGUCCUCAACGCGGCCGCACUUCGAGCACGACAGCCACUCGUCGUCGGCACCCUCCCGACGUCGUCCGCCCCCACUCUCCUCCGGCGGCGGGAGAACAAAGCUCUCGAUUUCCGAGAUAUUCCUCCGUCAGGCCGAGCGCCCAGAACACCGGCCACCCCUCUCCUCAAUCACGGGGAACGAGGGGAAGCCAUAGAUAUGGCGACCGCUGGUCCUGCGAGGACCGGACGCCGCCCGGCGAUGGAGCCGUCGUCGGCGCGUUGGUCCAUGACGCCAUCGCUCCCACGGAAGGCGAGCGGCAUAACCACCAGAGGCGGAAAGGGGCAAGUCGCACCGCCGAGCAGCACGACGAAGCGUAUCCGUCCGAUGUGUCGGGGCCAGCAGAGAAGGGGGUCUUCUCGCCGUCCCUGACCUGCGACGGUGCCGGUGCAAGAGGCAGCGACGAGGGCAGCGGCGGGGGCGGGACCGUCGGGAGCAUGGACAGCAGCGGCGGUGGCAGGGGAAGAGGGAGGAGCAUUGCCACGGAGAGGAGCGAGGAGUUGGCGAGGGCGAGCGCCGCCACCUGGGAGCACUUUCAGCAGCUGCUGGAGAGGUCUCGCGAGUCAAAGGCCCGCUUCGACAAGGCGAUGGAUGGAACCGCAGCGGGGGUCGCCUCCUCCGCCACGACGAGCAGCGGCAGCCUGAGCGCUUCGGCCGUGUCGGCGCCGUCGUCUUCGUCGAGUCAGACCGGCGACAGGAAAGCCGGUGCAGGCGUGGGUGUUGCUGGACGCAAAACAAGGGCCGGAGUACCGCCGGUGGACCUGGCGACAGCGCGUCAAGAAGCCACGGCCGAGGCAGCCACCGCCGCAGCGGCAGCAGCAGCGCGGACGGUAAGGGACGACAGCCUCCGGCAAAAGCCACCGUCGGCGGUGGUGUACCCUGACGGUGGCGACGGCGGCGGCGGCGACGGUGACUCAGAGUGUGAGCGGCUGAGGAAAGAGCUAACAGCCUUGAGAGCAACGGUGUCGGAAGAGCGGGAGCAGAGGCGGGAAACGGCGAACCCGGUGGCGGCGGCAAAGGCGGCUGCGGCGGCUGAGCGGGAAAGGGACCAGGAGGAGGCGGCGGCAAAGGCGGCUGCGGCUGCUGCUGCGGCCGCAACGCAGAGUCAAGCGGAAUCGAGGCUGGAAGAGGCGCUGGCGAAGGCGGCGAAGGCCGAGAGAGAGCGCGCCGAGGCCGUGCGGCAGAGGGAGGAGCUGGAGAAAGCUCUCGCUGGGGAGGUCGGCGAAAGGCGCCGAGUGACCAACCUCUUGGAAGCGCGCUCUAGGUCGGAAAGUGCGCUUCGCGAGCGCCUGGAGGCCACGGCGGCGGAGGGCGACCUCAAGGCUCGCCUCGCGUCGACGCGAUCCCAAUUGGAGGCGGUUUCUCUGGAGAGGGAUGCCUUGGCCGAGGAGCUUGACCAGUGCAUUAGCCGUCUGGGCGACCAAGCUAGAGAAGUGACGUCAGCGCUGAGGUCGAAGCAGCAAAGAGAAAUCGCGGAAAUUUCUUCUAGGUUGGUUUGUUAUCCCAUCCCGCUCGCCGGGUCUAAGGUUGUUCGGACCCAAAGGCUGUCGUAG